UUUCCUUACCUCCGCUGAGGCGUCAGCUGUGUGCGUGCAUCUGUGACUGUGUACGUGUGUGUGUGUGUUAUUGAUCUCUAAUCCAUUGAAGUCUUGUGCUUAUCGAUUGGCGCUGGGACUGUAACACGUCGAACAAAAAUGAUCUGAAGGAAGAGAAGGUAGAGAGGGGCAGGGAUGGCGGUGUGUGCUCUUACCGUGCUAGAUAGGCUUGGUGAGGAGGCCACGGCUUUGGGCGGUCUGGUCGUCCUGCUGCUGGCCGUGGUUCUUGCCUGGCUGUCAACCCACGUGGCCGACCGCGGAGAUCACAUUCUGGGAACCAUUCUCACCGUAGGUGCCCAUGCCUCUCUUAUCGGCCUCGGGGGUCACGACAGCUACACAAGCCCCCCUCCCAGCUCAGAGUCCAGUGAGCAGCCAGAUGAAGAGCCCGCGGAGGAGGAGAAACAAGAAGAGGGUGAAGCCAGACAGGAAGGGGGAGAAGACGUGCCCGGGGAAGAGCUGCUGGACAUUCAGGGUGGAAGGAAGAAAGUGAGUUUUGUUCAGAGUGAUGAAAGGGAGGAGAGGAAAGAGGAAGGGAUGGAAGAGGAAGACGAAGACGAGGCCACGAGUAUCACAGUGAGACUGAAGUUCCUAAAUGACACGGAGGAGCUGGCUGUGCUCAGACCUCAUGACACAGUUGGACUACUAAAGAGUAAGUAUUUCUCUGGCCGUGAACAUCAGAUAAAGCUCAUCUACCAGGGUCAGCUCCUUCAGGACCCCCAGCGCUCUCUCCUGUCUCUAAACAUCACCGACAACAGCGUGCUCCAUUGUCACGUCUCCCGAGCCCAGACGCUCCAUGAGGCCACCCCAGAAGAGAACCCCCGAACCGGGGGGAGCUCUGUGUUUGGCGGGAGCCUGCGAUCGGCCGGAGUGGCUCUCAGCACAGGAAGUCUGGUGGUCCCCGUGUUUGUGGUCCUGCUCGCGGUGGUCUGGUACUUCCGAAUCAACUAUCGGCAGCUCUUUACCGCGCCAGCCACCAUCUCUCUGGUCGGAGUCACAGUCUUCUUCAGUUUUCUCAUCUUUGGCAUGCACAGUCGAUGAGAGGAUGAAGGAUUAAAGUAUCUCUUAGAGAAUUAUGAUGCCAAUACAAGAGAAGUAUUGAGGUGUGAGAAACGUCAGAAGAGUAACAAGUUCUCAGGGAGCCUUUGAGGCUUCUGGUGCCAUUCAGAUGAUUUAAGUCGGGUGUGUGUGCGCUUUCAGCUUAAUUCAUGAGUGUCCAAGACGUAGCAUUGCUGUAUAAUUUAGCUUCAUGGUAAAAAGCUUAUAUAAUUAUUUAAUCUCAGCUUAAGCUAUAACUUCUCUGUGUAAAGAGAAAUCAAGAACGCAUGUUUGACUGGACUUCAUUUAAUGAAAAUGCAGUUUUUAUGAGUUAAUGUGGUUUGUCUUCACAAGUGAUGACAGUGCUGUCUAACAUGGUUGCAAGUGUGUUUGACCGAUGAUGUACUUGUGUUAGGAGACGAUUUUUGCAAAUGAAGGAUGUUUGCUAGCAAAACUGACAUCUAUAUUUAUUUUAAACGUGCAUUUCUAAAUGACAAACCUGGCUUGGCACGUCAGCUGCACCUGUUACAGCUCACAUUCUUUAAUUUAGGAAAUAGUUUUAUACUGUAAAGUAAAAAAAAUAGUCAUUAUUCUUUGAAGUUAUGGUUCAUAAUUCAUUGGAAUAAUAGGUGUUUCAUAUGACUGAUAAAUCAUAUUGUAAAAUCUGUAUAUAAACAUUGUAUUUACUGUAGAUAAAACCAAGAAGAUUGAGAAACCUAGAAAAACUCAAGCAUAUAGUUUGGUACUAUACGAGUCUUAUUUGUCAAAGUAUUUGCUUUUGUUUUAGAGAAAAACCUUCCUACCUAUCUCAUGCUUCCUAGCACAGACAACUAACAUCGGUUUUUGCUUUGAUGAGUUAAUUCAGAAAAUAAAAUGGCUCAUCUUUAAAACAAUUUGGUUGUUUGUUCACAUGUGCUUGAACAGGACCUUUCACAAAUACUUGGAGCAAGAUGGGAUUCAGCUUUAUAGGCUAGUUACUCAAAAAUGUUAUAAAUGUUUUAUUAAUUACUGAUGUCGGUGGGAACUCUGGACAAUGCAAUUGAGUCCUGAGCAAUAUUGUUUUUUAUUUAGACCAUAACAGAGAUACUACAGUGCACUGAGAGACAAAGAUAACCAAUAACUACGCGAAGACAUGGCACACACCCACCACGUCCAUAGUAACCCACAUAGCAAUAAACUCCAGGGUAGAUAUCAUCCGCUCCGACGCUGACAGUCUAUUGCUAUCUGGGAAAUGAUGCGUCACCUAUACCAGGGUUUUGUAUCGUUUCCCCAUGCAGACAGUCCUCUUCGAUCAUUUAUGUCAAGCCAUAAUAAAAA